CACAGUACAACUACACUGACCUCCGUACUGGUGACCCGUGGUUCUGCUACAAGCCAAAGAAACUGAGCAUUGAUACCAGGAUGAACCACAUGAAUGGAGGAUUGGGUAUAAAACUCAAGGCUAAUGAGGCGAACCUUUUCAAAAGCAAUGUCAACAUGCAAGUCUUCAUUCAGGCUUCAGGACCGGCCAAUGUUACUGUGCUGCCUCAAAGGAAAGAGCAACCCAUGGAUAGUCAAGGCAGUGGGAAGUCUGGACUCUCUGGGUAUUACUACCAGGGUGUGUGGCGAUCACUAGGUGGCACCAAAGUCCACCAAUUCAACAACUCCUCUGCCAUCAGUCAGUGUCUGAAAGGAAAGGUGGUCCACCUGUAUGGAGACUACACCGUCAGGCAGUGGUUUGAGUACCUUGAUGCUUCACUUCCAGGUAGUUGAUUCACAGUGAUUUCAGGCAACAGUUUAAUUGUAUUUAUAUCACAGCUUAAUCUGCUCCUUUUUUCAUACUUUCAGAUGCUAAGGAGAUAAACCGCAAUAAUCCGAAGAGAUUAGGACC